CUGUAAUGUAGGGUUCGCGCGUUACGAGUUAGCAUUCUGCAUUCUCUGCCCGUAGGAUAUUGGAAAACUGCGAGUGACCGCCGGUGUGGUGCUGUAAUUCCCUUCGUAACGGAUAAAUGAAGUUAACGCUUUCAUCCAUCUACAAUGGAAUCGUUAAUCCGAAAUGAUAUGUGAUUGAGUCCUGACUGUAUCGGACGACACGAGCCUUCAUCAACAAAUAUGGCUGUCAUCUUGUUUGUAUCUUGGUUACCGGUGCUGCUCGUCCUAGCGACGGCUGCGGUUGAACAUGGAGGACACGCGCAAGUUGUUAGCUCGCGUGUUUCGGACAGAGAAAGCCUUAUUCCUCACCACGGUCGCUGCGAGCCCAUUACCAUCCCGCUUUGCAAAGAUAUCCCUUACAAUGAAACCAUCAUGCCUAAUCUUCUGAACCAUCAAAAACAAGAAGAUGCCGGAUUGGAAGUCCAUCAGUUCUUUCCACUCGUCAAAGUACAGUGCAGCCCAGACCUGCAGUUUUUUCUUUGUACCAUGUACGCCCCAGUGUGUACCAUCAUUGAAAAAGCAAUACCACCUUGCAGGUCUUUGUGCAUGAAAGCCAGAGAAGGGUGUGAACGUUUAAUGAACAAUUUCGGAUUCCAGUGGCCGAAAAGUUUGGACUGUGACAAAUUCCCCGAGGCGGGGGAAGACACCCUUUGUGUGGGUGAAAACAAUACAGAUCGAACACCACAUCCUUCCCCGGGAUCGGGGAACUAUCCUUUAACACCGAUUCGAAACAACACUAUUACCAAAGGGCGUAAGUUUAUUUGUCCCGAAGAAUUCAAAGUUCCUACUGGUUUGGGAUAUGUUUUCCAAGUUGGUGAAGCUGAAGAAAAAGAUUGUGGUGCACCCUGUGAUGGCAUGUUUUUCUCCCCUCAAGAGAAAAAGUUUGCACGUACGUGGAUAGGUAUUUGGGCUAUUUUGUGCAUGUGUUCUACCUUGUUUACUGUUCUAACGUUUCUUGUGGAUAGGCAUAGAUUUAGAUAUCCUGAACGACCUAUUAUAUUCCUUUCUGUUUGUUAUUUCAUGGUGGCUGCUGUAUAUGUUGCUGGUUUUGUGAUGGAUGAAAAAGUUUCUUGUAAUGAUCCUUUCCCUUCUCCAAAUAACCGCACAAACAUCAAAAUGGUACGAACUAUUACUCAAGGAAAUGACAAAAAAUGGUGCACCAUCUUCUUCAUGAUUCUGUACUUUUUCAGCAUGGCUAGUUCAAUCUGGUGGGUGAUAUUGACCUUAACCUGGUUUUUGAGUGCAGGUCUGAAGUGGGGACAUGAAGCCAUUGAAAAUAAUUCUCAAUACUUCCACCUGGCAGCCUGGACUGUCCCUGCCAUAAAGACAAUAGCUAUUCUUGCUUUACGUAAAGUUGAAGGCGAUGUCUUGAGUGGGAUCUGUUUUGUUGGCAUCUGGAAUAAAAGCUCAUUGUAUGCUUUUGUUCUUAUUCCACUAAGUGUUUAUUUAGCUUUAGGAACAUUUUUUCUACUGGCAGGUUUUGUUUCUCUCUGCCACAUCAGAACAAUCAUGAAGCAUGAUGGAACCCGCACUGACAAACUUGAAAAAUUAAUGUUCCGUAUUGGUGUAUUCUCUGUUCUGUACACUGUACCUGCAGUGAUAGUCAUUGCUUGUUAUGUAUAUGAAACAUACUUCUAUGAUUCGUGGAUGUUAACAUGGCAAAAGGAAAAAUGCAGUCGUCCCAUGUAUAGCAUACCUUGCCCAGAUGUUCCCAAAGACUACAAUUAUUGGCCUAAACCAGACUUUCCAGCAUUCAUGAUUAAAUAUCUCAUGAUGCUUAUGGUUGGCAUUACCUCUGGAGUUUGGAUAUGGUCUGGAAAGACCUUCACAUCUUGGAAAAAUGUAUAUCUUGGGUUAUGUCGAAGACUACAUCGCAAUGAAGCGUAUGUGUGAUAUAUGCUUAGUGCCAUAAUUAUGUGUAUCGUGAAACAUGUAUAUAUUGAUUGUAAAAUGUUUUGUUAAAUGUGGUAUAGAUGUAAUUAUAUUCAUGCAGCUUUUGAAUAUAGACUGAAUUUAUCAUUUUUUUUUUCUUUGUCACUUCAUCAGACUGCAAGAAGUAAGUUCCUUUUAGUUUUUAAUCAUAAAUGCAUGUAUGUUGUCUAAUAUUUCAUGCAUGUAAGCUAUAUGAAAUAUAAAAAUUUAUGUUUAUUUUAUAGAGUUAUAAUACCUCAUGUACGAGACAUAGCUAUCAUCACCUAUUCUAUCAUAAAUCUUUUUUGAAUUCAUCUAUGUGGUGACAUGAAGUUAGUUACCCAUGUUGUACUAUAAAAUAUUUUAGUCAUGUUUUGUUUCAUUUGUGAAUUUUUAGGCUUAUAAUAAAUCAUUUAUCAAAUUUUAUUUAGAAAAUUUUGCAUUCAUUAUGCUAAUGUGUAUAAAUGUAUGCCAAAUUACUCUUGCAUUUAUAUAAUAGUCAGUGUUAUCAAUUUCAGUAUACAUUUGAUGGAAGUAUUGCUGAAGCAUUGCUCUUAGCAAUUUUGUAUUGUUAAAAAUUUAUCUUUAUCUCAGCAUAAUUGAAAAGGUAAUUAAAAUAUUGAAAUGUUUUUUCUCAUUUUUAAGUACUUGGCUUUUUUUUUUUUUUUAAUUUUUUUGCAUUUUAUAAUGCAAAAGCAAAUGAUUUUUAUGGCUCUGUACUCUGAUGCUUUAGUUGUUCUGCUUAAAAAAUAUGAUUAUUUUUGAUUGAAAAAAAUUAAUAUUAUUAGCUAAAGUUAGCAUAUAGUGUUCCUUAAAAAAUUAUUAUAUUUAAGGAUUUUAUUUAUAUAAUU